AUGCGACCAGGUCAGAAAAGUCGAGUUGACUUUAACUUUGUUCUUUUGAUAACCGUUAGCAAGCUAAAAAAUGACUGACGGAGGAUAUUACGAUUAUCAACAGGUAGAGCAGAAUGCCUCCUUCCCAAGUAUGAACCCGUAUCGUGCACAAGAAAGCCAGCAUAAUUAUGAUAGUGCAGAAAGUAAACCACCUUCAGGGGCAGGACCCGGCUUCUAUCAGGACCAGUAUGGGGGUCAAAUGGACACAGGACAACAUGGAAUGGCAAUAGACCAACAACAAAUGACAUCAUCAACCAGUCAAGAUUAUGGCUCCAUGCUACCCCCCAGUGCUCUGAUGGCAGCCGCUGGUAGUGCAGGGGCCUAUGGGAUUACAGAUCCUGCUGUGUAUGCAGCAAUGAAGGCAGAAGGGAAACUGCCAAUGCCACCCACUCCACCAGGAAGCCCAGAAGACCCUAAAGAUCUUAGCCUACACGGUAUGGGUGCCAGCAUGGCUGCACAACACCUUCUCGCAAAACCAGUCCCCAUGAGACGACUGUCGGAGAAACGUAUUGCCCAGGCCAGGGCAUGUCUUGGAAAUGUAUCUAGCAUACACCACAACAAUGAUCCAUUAUUAGACCCAUCGUUAGGUUCUGCCCCAGCUCUUGCACACGCUGUUGCCAUCAGCCAGCAGUCACAGAAACGUCCCCGCAGUGAGAAGAAACCAAUCCCUGAUGAUGCAAAAGAUGACAAGUAUUUUGACCGAAGAAAGCGCAACAACCAGGCAGCUAAAAAAUCAAGGGAUGCUCGGAAAGCCCGGGAAGAUGAAAUCGCUAUUAGAGCCAGCUUCUUGGAAAAAGAAAAUGCAAUUUUACGCGCUCAAGUGGCCACACUACGAGAAGAAGCAAAUUCUCUGAGACAAUUACUGCUUCAGAAGAGGUCACGUCCAUAAAAUUCUCUAAUGUGUUAGGCACAACUGUAUCAUAGUGUAUAUAGUCAUCAUUGCAUAUAAGAAGGCUUCUCCAGGCCUGUGUCACGAACACUCAACUCUGACCUACAAUGCCAUUGGUUGAAUGUCUUAUAUAGGCCAGUUAAGACCCAAUUGCCCAAUUAUCAUGGGUAUGGUCAAAUCUGACUUGACACUGAAAACCAAAGAUUUUUCACACAUGAAAAUGAAAGAUUUUCUAUGUAACACAUACAUAUAUGUUUUUACUUUUAAAGUGCACUAAUGUACGCUACAGUACUUAAAUACAGUAAAACCUGUCUAAAGUAACUCCUGAGGCUAAAAAUUUACUCUGAGAGAUUUCUUUACAGAAGUAGGUUUUACUGUAUUACCUGUUUACUGUUCUUUAGUGUGGUCUGAGCAUGAAAUCUACCACAUACGAUUUACUGUAUAUUUCAGUAAAACCUAUAAGGCAUGAAAAUAUAUGAGCU